AUGUCUACCAAUGUCGGGUCUGCCGGCGGCAAGACCGGCGAUCAUGAAUUCGAUAUUUUGAACACCAACCAGAGCGCCACAUCCUUUGACCAGAAGACUACUGCUCACAUGGUCAAUGAGAAGUUUGACACGGAGGCUGCACCAGAGCAAGAACCCAGCCUAGAUGAUGUAUACCGGACAGCAUCCACCGUGGCACCAUCUCAGAGAUCAGCCAGAAGAGACCCCAUUAGUCGAGCGACUACAGACGCUGAAGGGAACAUCUACCCCGAGGGAGGACUCGAAGCCUGGCUGGUAGUGCUGGGCAGCUUCCUCGGUCUCUUUGGAUCGUUGGGCCUGGUCAACACCAUUGCCACAUUUCAAGCAUAUAUCCAAACCCAUCAACUAAAGGAAUACAGCUCAGGAACCAAUGGCUGGAUUUUCGGAAUGUUUGCCUUUCUCACUUUCUUCUGUGGAGUGCAGGUCGGUCCCAUCUUUGAUGCUCGAGGCCCACGUAUUCUUGUCUUCGUGGGUUCCGUGUUUGAAAUGGCCAUGAUCAUCCUGCUCGGCUUCUGCACUGAAUACUGGCACUUUAUGAUGGUCAUCGGUGUACUGGGUGGAGUGGGAGCGUCCCUCAUUUUCACACCGGCGGUCUCGGCGAUUGGCCACUAUUUCUAUGAGAAACGUGGAGUUGCGACUGGCGUUGCUGCCACUGGCGGCUCUGUCGGAGGCAUUGUUUUCCCUCUGAUUCUAGAAGCUCUAUUCCCCAAGAUUGGCUGGGCCUGGGCCACUCGGGUUGUUGCGUUGAUCUGUCUGGUUGUGCUAUCAAUUGCAAACCUCUUGAUCAGGUCUCGACUCCCGCAGAAGCCAUUUUCCAAGGAGAACGUGCUUCCUGACUUCCGCAUCUUUCGAGACCCGCGGUUCGUACUUACUACCGCCAGCGUCUUCUUUAUUGAGUGGGGUCUUUUCGUGCCAAUUAGCUACAUCUCAUCCUACGCCCUCGACCAUGGUUUCUCUAGCAAGUUCUCAUACCAGAUAAUUGCCGUCUUGAAUGCCGGCUCAUUCUUUGGGCGAUGGCUGCCAGGAUUCUUUGCCGAUUUUCUUGGUCGCUUUAACACUUUGAUCGCGACGGUAGCGCUCUGCGUGCUCUGUAACGCCUGCCUGUGGCUUCCCGCUGGAGAUAGUAUGCCUCUGCUGAUCGUUUACGCUGUUAUUUUUGGAUUCUCAAGCGGCAGCAAUAUCAGCCUGACGCCAGUCUGUGUCGGCCAACUCUGCAAAACCGAACACUAUGGCCGGUAUUACGCAACUGCCUAUACCAUAGUGAGCUUCGGAACUCUCACCGGAAUCCCUAUUGCAGGUGAGAUCCUGGCACGCUGUGAUGGGUCUUACUGGGGCCUUAUCACCUUUACCGUAUGCUGCUAUGCGGCUGGUCUUGCAUGCUGUACCGCCGUGAAGGUCAUUGAAGUUGGCUGGCGUCACCCUCUCGCGAUCUAUUAA